GUUAACUUAGUAUAUGCCACUUUAGUUUUAUUUGCGCUCAUGCCGACGCCUCGUGGGCUGAAUAUCAGACUUGUGCACGCAAUUCGGAGAUUAAGUCAAUGCAAGAUUCUGAAUAGUCCGAUAGCAUUGCUGGAGAGUUGCUGUGGCAACAAUCUGUUUCUUGAUCAGAAGAUAGCGAUGACUCUAUGCACGCAACAAGAUGAUAUAUGCCGCACUGAAUGCCUCUAUAGAGAGCUAAGGUUAACUGAUGAUAUCAGAGUCAACAUGAAGCAAGUUAUAAAUAUGAUCAACAAGUUACUCAAAACAAAUAAGGAUGAAGUACAUAGCUACUUUCAUAUACUACUUGAUUCGUAUGAAAUUGUCUCCGAAAUGAAAAUACCCUAUAAUGGCUCUAAAAAUGGAUGUUCGCUCUAUCCUGAAGCUGUCGAGUCGCACGCGUUGUCGAGCGCAUUUGUAAAUUGCCAUGAUAAUUAUAGAAAUCAAAGCAAACCGUGUAGACAUCUGUUUCAACGGUUCGACAUGUGCUUAGCCAAAAAUCUACCCACAAGAGGCGACGUUAGCGGAACUAACAAGCUUGUAAGAAAUCUAUUUUUGCUUACUGUGGCACUGACUUUGCUUUUGUCCAAGGGCGAGUAUAAUUUACUUAAUAAUUUAAUUUAAUAA